AUGAUUGUGUUCGCUGUUCUCAGUCCACUCCUAGCCGAUCCAUUUUCCGGCACCUACGGCGGGUCUUCGCCGGCCGAGGGGAUAAAAACAGGGGAUCCCAACAACCAAACGGCUCCUGAACUCAUAUUCUCAUCUACACAGAGCUACUGCUAUUUCACCAGCUGCAGAAGGGUUUACCACGUGCAAAAUCCAGCCGUGAUAUCUCAGUUUCCUGCUGAAAUCGAAUGCCAUGGCCGCGGUUUCAUGAUAGCGUUUUGUCCGAACAACAGCGAAGUGCAUAUCUAUCAGCUUUUGGGAGGGAAGUGGGAGAAGAUCCAUGUUCUUCAAAACCAUGAUCAAAUUGUUUCUGGACUACAUUGGGGUGUAAGUUUUAACAGAAUAGUUACUGUUGCUCAUGAUCGGAAUUCUUACGUGUGGUCAAAAGAAGCAUCAGAAUGGGUGCCAACCCUUGUUAUCCUUAGGCUGAAUCGUGCGGCACUAUGUGUUCAAUGGAGUCCCAAAGAAAACAAGUUUGCUGCUGGAAGUGGGGCUAAAACUGUCUGUAUAUGCUACUAUGAGCAAGAGAAUAAUUGGAACUCCACAGGUUCUUCUUCUUCUGAUUCAAAGUUUGAAGAGGUUCUGUUCGUUUCUGAAAGAAUGCUCAUUGGCGUGGGAUUUGAUUGCAAUCCAAUGGUAUUUGCAGCAGAUGAAAGGGGAUUAUGGAGCUUCUUGAGGUUUCUCGACGAAACAAAACCAACUCCAGGAGCUAAAUAUGAUUCACAGCGUUCUGGAACAUUUGGCAAAUUUUCCAGUCAAUCAAAAAACGGAAGCAGUGAUGAGAAUAGUGAAACUUCAAGAAGACAUGACAAAUGUAUUACUUCUAUCGUGGCCCUCAAGGAUGCAGGCGAUACUACAAUCACCAGCUUCAGCACUUCAGGGUUCGAUGGCAAGGUAAUCAUAUGGGAUUUACAAAGGGAACAAGAUCUACUCGAGUACUUGUGA